AUGGUUUCGGUACAAUCCGAUUUUGUGUUGCUAAAACUUGUAGGAGCCUGUGAUGGCACUCUUGCGUGUUCCACAUGCCACCUAAUUUUGUCUGAUGAUGUGUACAAUAAUCUCCCCAAUCCUCCUUCCGAAGAAGAAGUGGAUUUGUUGGAUAUAGCCCCUUCCAUAACUGACACUUCUCGACUUGGUUGCCAGGUAAUAGUAUCGGAGGACAUGGAUGGAACUGUAAUCAGGAUUCCUGAAGACAUUUGGGACUCUCGCCUUUAG